AUGAGCGAGUUCAAGUCGACCCAGUACUUCAAGCAGAUCGCCGAUGGCAUCAACGGCAUGUCGGACGCUGAGAAGAAGGACCUCCAGAAGAAGACCAACGCCGUCUUCGAGUUCCACGUGAAGAACUCGGGUGGCAAGGAGCUCGUCCAGACCAUCGACCUCAAGAAGGAGGUCUCGAUCUACGAGGGCAAGGCCAAGGGCAAGGCUGACUGCAUCAUCAACCUCGCCGACGAGACCUUCGCUGACCUUGCCGACGGCAAGCUCAACGGCCAGAAGGCCUUCAUGUCCGGCAAGCUCAAGGUGAAGGGCAACAUCAUGCUCGCCACCAAGCUCGACGGUGUGCUCAAGGCCCAGAAGGCCAAGGCGUAA